GUCGAUUAUUGGAUUAAAAUCCCACGAAAUUCUCAUUCGCCGCUAACGCUGCCGCGCUUCAUUUCUUCGGAUGUCGCUGAAGAAAAGGUGAGGAUGACACCGUGAUAGACCAUCGCCUAAAUUUUGGAUUACGCUGAAACACAAACUUUCAGUUUCCCAUUUUCAAUGUUGGGCUACUAUCAAACGGAAUCUAUGGCAAAUUCAGCGAUAUCGAUGCCUGGGCCGGGACCGGGGCCGGCACCGGGCGGCGGUAUGGAAACAACAAACUCAGUGAAAAGCCUGGUGUGCAGUCCGGACCUAACGAUAUUUGCUACAUCGAGAUGUAACGGCGUGGAGAGCACGGAUUCGGCUUGUCCAACAACGGCGGACUGCACCGGAAAGUACCAAUGUCUGGUUUGUCGAAAGAAUUUUGCACAGAAGAACGUGUAUCAAAGUCACUUGAGAUCUCACGGUAAGGAGGGCGAAGAUCCGUACCGCUGCAACGUCUGCGGCAAGACAUUCGCUGUGCCGGCGCGGUUGACGCGACACUUUCGCACCCAUACCGGCGAGAAGCCGUAUCAGUGCGAGUAUUGCAGCAAAUCAUUUUCGGUGAAGGAGAACCUCAGCGUGCACCGACGCAUCCACACAAAGGAACGGCCGUACAAAUGCGACGUGUGCGGCCGCGCGUUCGAACACAGUGGCAAACUGCAUCGUCACAUGCGUAUCCAUACCGGCGAACGACCGCACAAGUGCAGUGUAUGCGCCAAGACAUUUAUACAGAGCGGCCAGCUGGUGAUACACAUGCGCACGCACACUGGCGAGAAACCGUACGUGUGCGAGUCGUGCAAGAAGGGUUUCACCUGUUCGAAGCAAUUGAAAGUGCACACGCGCACCCAUACCGGCGAGAAGCCCUAUACCUGUGAGAUAUGCCGCAAGGCAUUCGGCUACAACCACGUGCUCAAGCUGCAUCAAGUCUCGCACUACGGUGAGAAGGUAUACAAGUGUACGAUCUGCAAUGAGACAUUCACCUCAAAAAAGACAAUGGAGCUGCACAUCAAGAAGCACCCGGAAUCGCCGACGUCUCUCACCUCGACCAUCACCGACAGCGGCAUCUCCUCGCCAUCAGCGCCGGUCGGCUCGCCGAUCGAGCCAGACAUUGAAAUCUCCCAGGGUAGCACUGGUGGCACGGUGGGCGGUAGCAGUCUCGGUUCAGCCGUUGUUCCGGCAAGUUCGGGUCUACUCGGUAUCGCUGCCGCUGCAACUGCCGACGACAAGGAGAAUCACAUGAAGACUGAAGAGGCCUAUCCGGAUUCGACAACGAGUCCUUAUGCCGUUCAACGCGACUUGGCGUAUUAUUUAUAUUCUGGUAACAGGGAACAGCAGUAUUCGCAGCCGGUGACAGCGCCGUCCGUCAAUCCGGCGGAAACCGUCCUUGGCAGCAUCGAGGAGCGUUUUCAGGCGAGCGUAGUCGUGAGCACACCGCUGGAACCGGCAACUCACCACCAUGUAUUCUUUUAUCCCGAACCGGCGUAUACCAGUUUUGGUUUAACUCCUAAUGGCGGCGAUCUUGACACCGCUGAUUGCUCGUCUUUACUUAAUUUACCAGGUAACGAUGCGCGUCGCAGAGUUGAGGCCGCGCUGGAAGCGGUCGAGGAGGAACGUCAAAGACAGGAGUACGAUGGUAUUGGAAUCGGCAAGAUUAAUCGGGAUCCGUUACUCACGCCGCCCAGCAGCAAUCCCGAGAGCCCAGCGUCAUCACCUGAUCUGGCGUUAGACUUGGCAAUUCCACCACGGGAAACGCUGAUUCUUCCGCCCAGAAAGCGCAGCAAGAUGAUACUCCAAUCCAUGGAGAGCGAGUACAGGAGCAACGGCCUAAUCGCGGCUUCGCAGAGGCAAAAUUCCGUCAUUCAAUUUGCGCGAGCUUCAUAGUGAAUCUGCUGAGGCUGAUGACAAAGCUUUGCGAAGACCACGUGACUCUGGAAACUAAAAGAAGGAAUCAUUCGGCAGGUCUAUCCGAUGGCAUUGAGAAACAAAAGUUGGAAUUCGACUUCUUCGGCUUCUAAGAUAUAAGUUGAAGAACAAAUCUUGAGGAGUUCUACUGAUUUUCUAAUGUCGAGUGAUAAUCGCAAAGCGCAUAAACAAACGAAUUUUUUAAUUUAGCGAUUGCAAUGAACGAAACAUAUUCGGGCAACACGGUGGCGAUUCCGUUGUUUCCGAAAAAUGGACCGAAAGGAGGAACUCGCGUUUCUCUUUAGCGAAUUCUAACGCAAAACGUAACGUGAGUGUAUUGCAGCUCGUUAGCAUCUUAUCUUUCCGUUCACAUGGUCAAAAGAGAGCUGAUCGCGUCAAGUUCGAAUUGACAGUAAUCGCGCUUGUUACUUAAUCGAUACUACUAAUUAAUGUGUAAUUCGUCAUGGACUAUAUGUAUUUUGCUAAUAGCUUACGGGCAACAAUACGUUUGCAACUACCUUCUCAAUCUUGUUCGACAGUCUCUCAGCCUUUGAGGCUUGUAACGUAUAUGUCGGAAUAUAUGAGAGACAAAAAAGAGUGGAUAUUCUUUGAUCGGGAAAAUCGCAUCGAUCGCAAGCGUGCUCGGUGAAGUAACUGCGCGAACGUAAUUAUUAUAUAUGUGCUCGAUAUUAAAACAAUAUAAGUUUAUAAAAAUUUAAUUUUUUGGAAAACUAAAAUAAUUAAAAAAAAAAAAUUUAUUAAUUAGAGAAAGAAUGAAAAAGUUCUCUUUUUUGAGAAUCAGAAAAAUUAAGCAUAUUUAUUUUUUCUUCUUAAAAGCUCAUUAUAUUUUAUGUUUUGUUUAAGUUAUAUAUUUAUAUCUUUUAAUUUUUAAUUAAUUUAUACGUUAUUUAUAUAUUUUAAAUGCGUGGCAAUUUUUUUUAAUUACAUUGUUUUAACAUUGAUUUAUAUGUAAAAGCUAAAUAUCAUAGGUAUUAAAGGAAGAAAAAGAGAGUUUUAAUAUUUUAUUUAAACAAGAAAGAAUUUGCCAUUGACUAUGCAAACAUUAAAAAAUGCAGGCCAUGCAUAUUAUAAAAUAGAGAUAAUUAUAGAAAAAAAAUGUAGUGAUACCUAUAGCAUUUAGCUAUUUUAAACUGACUUUAUAUACGGCAGCUAUUGCCAGCAAUAUAGCGCUCAGUGAUCAAUGUACAAAGUAAUUAAAAGUACAUUUAUAUAGAUGCCAAUGUUUUGAAAUACAAAUAUAUUACUAGCUACACAACUGCCGAAUGUUACGGUCAAUAAGUGACUACUAUUACGUAAUUACCGACCAAUAUAAUAUACGAGGGAGUUGGCCGUUAACGUUCGCUCGUUGAGCAAAGUGAGACGAGGAAUUGUAACUCUGACAUUCGUGCAUAUUAUAUCAUCGCCGCACGCAAACGACGAUUCGUGCGCCCGUGUUUUUCGAAUAAUUUAUUCGCCCGCUUUUGGGUCUAAUUUUUGACGUCGUAUGUUUGUCCUGUGUAAUUGUCUAACUCGUGCCGAUCAAUUCAUCUUUCGGAUGCAUUCGCGAAGGUCGAAUAUCUAAUCUCUUGCCAGCCUUAACAAGACUGACGUCAGUCUAGGUCGUUAGUGUCGUAAUCCGGUCGCAAACAGGUGCCUCCUAGUGGCUAUUCAUCGUCGUUGUCAUCGGUUCAAUAUUUAUCGGCUGAAUAAAAGUAGACGACAUGUGCGAUAAGUACAAGUUUUUUUUUUAGCAUGUAAAUUAUUUUUUGCAAUUUGAUAUUUAAAUUUUUUUAUAAAGAUGACAAGCAUAAUAUGAAUGUGGGAUCUAUGUGAUUCAUCUGAAAAUUUUAAUCCUGCCGAAGACUUAAAAUCGUCAAAUAUUUAAAGAAACUAUUUUUUAUAUGUGCAAUUCUCAAUGUAGAGAGAAUUGAGAAUUUUAUUUUUCAAAUUAUUAUUAUUUUUAGAAACUGAUUUAUAUUGCUUAAAUUGUUAUUACCAAUUGUGCGUGUUGAUCGAUUCAUGUUUUUAUUAUAAAUUUAUCUCGAUGUUCCUCGAUGAUGACGCCACUAGAAUCUCGGCUGUUUGGACGGGCAAAUUUUAUCCGUCACAACUCAUCAGGAAAUUUAGAUAUAUUCUUGAACAUCGAAGCCAAUUUCGCCAACUUUGUCGGUUAACCACAAUCCAAUUUAUUCUAUUUGCAGCCUUCCAGUCGUAAUCCUAGAAAAAGAUAGAGGUUGAAAAUAUUAAACUAUUAAACACUAAGAUCAAAUUUAUUUAAAUAUUUGGCGAAAUUGGUUGUCAUGGAAAAUCUUUGGAAAACUUUUGAAUUCAGCUCCCGAAAAGCUACAGUCGGAUAUAUUAUUGUAUAUUUAUAUAUAGACAGCUUAUAUAAAACGACAAGGACGACAAAUCUAGCUAAGCGAAAGCGUCUAGUUAGGCGAGAAGGUAAAGAAGGAAAUCGGUUUUUGAUGGUAUCGUCAAUAUUGUUCAUCGCUUUUGUGAGGAUUCGAUCUUAGUGCGGUUAUUUAGUGCGUGAAAAUUAGUGUGUAACAUAUUAAUCAGAGUAGCCAGACGAUACCGUUGCGGAAUUAAAAGAAAAAAAGAAUUACAGUCUUCGAAAAAAAAAAAAAAAAAGAAAUGAUAGAGAAGAAUAAGGUAGGAAAAGGGGAGAAAAAAGUGCACCAAACAAUUUAAUAUCUCUGUGAUAAAAACUCCAUAGUACCAGAGUAUUGAGCGGAGCCGAGCCCACUGCCAGUACAAGCGUAUAUGUGCACAUGCAUGCUAGUGUGAUGCGAAACUAUACAACUACACAUUUUAUAUUACUGUAUACAGUGAUACAUUAUACUAUCACGAUGUGAAAAUUCGUUUGACAGAAAGACAUCUGCCAAGAUCUUUUUGUUUUUUUGUAGUCACAAACUAAUCUCGAAUGACUUUGCAGAAACUUAAUUCUCUAGAAUGUUGAUUUUAUAUUUUACAAAUGUUUUAUGAGUCAUAUUUUCAGAGACUUUGUAUUCCGUAAAAUGACUCUAUUUUUCUAUACUUUUAUUUUAGUCACAAAUUCAUUUAUCACAAAAUUAAUAAUCCUAAACGUUUCCACGAAACAUAAUUGCUACCGAGUUUUUUGUUCUCUUUGACACUGAAUGUAUACGAAUUAAUCUGUCAAAUCGAGUUUUGUCGCAAACGACACACUGAUAGAAUAAUACACAUGUCCGCUCGCGACGCCUGGCUACCAUAACAUGCGUGUACAUAUAUGCGUUCAUUUAAGUUUAUAUAAUAACGAGUAGCGUAACUCUUGUAUCGUGCAUACAUUAUAUUCGCGAUUGCUGCGAAAAUACACCGCGCGGAUCAUUCUCGUUAGUCUCUCGAUGCUUUUAGCGUUGAUAACAGUGCAAUCAUAAUUUUAAGAUCGCCCGAUUUCGAAUUACACCCUUCCACGAAUAUGUAACGCUUUUAUUUUUUAAGAUAAAAUAAUACGAUAUUUGUAUACAACGUGAGAUCGCAACAAUUCUGAAGCUGAAAUUCGGAAGCUAACGCGAUAAGGAAGGGAUAAAAGGGACUUGUUAAUUUAUACGUUUUGGAUUAAUUUAAAAAUUUUUGGAAUUCUAACAUUUAAAGGGAUUUUAAUUGCUCCCUAAUAUAUGGUAAUUGUUAUAGCGAAUGUAAGCCGCGCGGUGUAAUGCGAAUCGAGCGUUAAUUAUAUAUAUUAAGUAUUACAUUAAUGACGAAAAAGAAAAAUAAUAGAGUAAUGACGUCACUAUUGUUAGUAUAUAAUAUCUAUUAUUAAAUAUUAUUUUAUUAUUAUUGCGAUUAUACUAUCAUUAUUAUUAUUAAUUAUCAUUAUUGUCCUUAUUAUUAUUUUAUUAAUAUUAUUAAUUAUUAUUAUUAUUUUUUUACGAUUAUAAAAUCGCACAUGCCAGCGAGACAAAAAAUUAUCCUAUUCCAGCUGGCGUGUAGAACUGACUGCAUAUACAAGUAUAUCAUUUUCGUAAAGAAAAAAACAAAACAUCAUUUCGCUACGCAUUCACUUCAUUGCGUUUGUUAUUAGGAUUAUUCGAGAAUCUUUUCUCGCAAAAUCGAAGAACACGAGAGCAACCUAUUUCGAAGUACAAGCAGGGGCCCUUUCUUAAUUUUAAAACGUUGAUGAAAGUUGUACAAAAAUUUAUUAUUGUUUUUGUAUUUAUAAAAUUUAAUAUAAAUGAAUAAAAAGACACAAUGAGUUUCCAAA